GUGGAGGCGUAGCUGUUGGAACCCUUCUUCUUAUUGAGGAAGACAAAUACGGUCUUUACUCCAAUUUGUUGUUCAAGUAUUUUCUCGCAGAGGGAGUUGUCUGUGGGCAUCACUUGUUUGUUGCUUCUGCUAAAGAGCAUCCUGACAACAUCUUAAAGGAACUUCCAGCCCCUUUGCUUGAUGAUGCCUACAGAAAUGAAUUGGGAGAAGAAGUGACAGCUGUUAAGUCUGAAGAUUUUCAGGAUUCUAUGAAAAUAGCCUGGCGCUACCAAAAUUUACCAAAAAUGGAGGCCAGCCCAACAACAUCUACAAAGUUUGGCCAUUAUUAUGAUGUUUCUAAAACAAUGUCUCCAGAACUUCUUCAGUCCCUAAAAUGGCACAGUUUUUACCUUCCUGAAGAAUUGUCUUUACAGCCUAACGUGAAAACAUGUAAUAUGAACAGUGCUUACACAAGGCUGCUUCAGUCCCUUCAGAGGAUCAUUUACCAGGAAGGCUUUGAUGGCUCUGAUCCCCAGAAAAAACAAAAGAAUAUUUUGCGGAUAGGAAUUCAGAGUCUGGGUUCAGUGUUGUGGGGUGAUGACAUUUGUAGCAGCGAUACUCCCGAAGAUAUUCAUAGUCUUACAAAAUUUCUCUAUGUUCUCCGAGGGCUCCUCAGAAAAUCUUUGUCAGCCUGCAUCAUCACAGUGCCUGCUCACCUUAUCCAGAAUAAAGCAAUUAUGGAACGUGUAACAAACUUGUCAGAUGUGGUAGUUGGUCUUGAAUCAUUUAUUGGCUCUGAGAGAGAAACCAAUCCAUUAUACAAGGAUUACCACGGUUUGGUUCAUGUACAUCAGAUUCCUCGGCUUAAUAGUUUGAUCUGUGAUGUGUCAGACACGAAGGACCUUGCUUUUAGAUUAAAAAGGAAGCUGUUCACCAUUGAG